AUGAAAAUAAUGGGAGAAGGUCAGGAUGAUUAUGAAUACCAAACCAUUGAAGAUGAUCCACGUUACCAUGGGUUGAACAAACUUGUUAAGGCUGAAUCAGGUUUGAAUGCAGAUGGAUUUGAACCUGAUGAUGAAGGGAUUAACGAAAUGGAAGAGCUAACCAUACACCCAGAACAUGUCCAUCACAGACAUGGGAUUUUACCUGAAGAUGUUUCUGGUGUUGAUUUAUUACAUUUGGAAAAGGAUAAGGUUGGAAUUCCAGGAUGUGGGAAAGGUUCUUCCCAUCAUGAGAAGAUGCACAUGAGUCAACAUGUUGUGAAUCCAAAUAUGACCGUUGAAUCCAGAAUGAAUGAGAAGACAAUCCCCGAAAAUGCCCAAAAUACAUCAAUGCCUCAAUUUGGCAAGAAUAUUGAAUCUGCCAUUCCAGGAGCUGGUCUCCCUGAUGCUCACCCACACCAUAUUGAUGCUUUCCCAUGUCCAAACACUCAUCAUUACGUGACCGAAACACAGACUGUAACUGAUGAUUCCUCAAUUCCAAGAUCAGAACUUAGAGAACAGAAACAGGAGAUAAAACAGAACGUUUCUAGAGAGAAAGAACAACAUAUUCAAAACAUUUAA